UCUUUCCCCAUCUCGCUCUCUCUGUCGCUGAGGCAGUCUGCUACUCUGUCGUCUGACCAGGCAGUUAACAGAGGAGAGAGCUCAGCAACUGGAAAGAAAAGGAGAAGGAGAAAGAGAAAGAGAGAAUUAUUCUCAUGACUUUCUGUAUUUCAGUAUGAAAGUUUGUUUCUCUAAGAGAGGUUCCUCUGAUUCUGAGUUUUAACUGGACUUUUUGCUUCCUCUGUGUUGUUAUCUGUGGACACUCUCUGGACAUUCCUUUGGGAUUUACUCGGACCGCACCGCGAGGAUCUAGUGUGUUUGUGUGUUCGCUGGGCCAUGCCCGCCACUGAUGGCCGGUCAUCCAGUGCCAGGGGUACAUCAUUAAAAGGGGGCCACCUCCACAGGGGCUGUGCCUGCCAGCACUUAUUCCGUAAAGUCCUGAUCAAGUGUGGCUGCUGCUAUGCCCGGGUCAGAGACUCAUACUCGGCUGCAGGCAGCGAGGGUAGCAUCUCCACCUCCGUGGCGUCCCUGCCUCCGACCCUGACGGCUUCCUGUAGCUCCGCCCACAGCUCCCCAGGCUCGCGACGUUCCGUAAGCACCUUGAAGAAGUGGCUGACCAAUCCAGUCCGCAAGUUCAGCGCUGGGGCCGUCAACAUCUCAGCCAGCUCCAAGGGGGAGCGGCAGGUCAGGAAGUUGGAUGGGGGAAGCAAAUCCCCUCCUCCUAUUCCCCCUUCUAGGCACAGUCAUGACCUGGGCCUGGGAGGUCUGGGGCUUGGCAGACCCCUAGGAUCAGAGGACCACCUCACCAAUAUGCUACCCAUCACACACAAAGAGAUGGAGUGCAGGUAUAGGUGGGCCAGUCCUGAGGAGCUUUCCUCAGCAACCCUAAACUCUCCCAGCUACUUGUCUGACUCACUACAGGGCUGUAUUGCACUUGCCUACACACAGGAUACUCAGUCCACCAAUGUCUAUCCAGAUGACAACGUCUCGGUAUUGAUGGACAACACCCCCAGCCAAUCAUCAGCGGCUGACAGUGAGGAGGAGAGGAGGAGUGCCUUAGAGAAGAGCAUGUACGUACUGAAGGAACUCCUAGAGACAGAGAAAGUGUAUGUGGAAGACCUGGGGUGCAUAGUAGAGGGCUACAUGGUCACUAUGACUAGUAAAGGUAUACCAGCCGACAUGAAGGGAAAAGACAAGAUCGUGUUCGGAAACAUUCAUCAAAUUUUCGACUGGCAUAAAGACUACUUCAUGGGCGAGCUGGAGAAAUGUAUAGCAGAACCAGAGAGACUGGCCCAACUUUUCAUAAAGCAUGAGAGGCGUCUCCACAUGUACGUGGUUUAUUGUCAGAAUAAACCCAAGUCGGAACACAUUGUCUCUGAGUACAUCGAGACCUACUUCCAGGAGCUGAGACAACAUCUGGGUCACAGACUACAACUCAAUGACCUGCUGAUCAAACCAGUUCAGAGGAUCAUGAAGUACCAGCUGCUGCUCAAGGACUUCCUCAAGUAUUACACCAAAGCUGGGAUGGACACAGAAGAACUGGAGAAAGCGGUAGAGGUGAUGUGCUUUGUGCCCAAACGCUGCAAUGACAUGAUGAACGUGGGACGCCUGCAGGGCUUUGAGGGUAAGAUCACGGCGCAGGGGAAGCUGCUCCAGCAGGACACCUUCACAGUGAUGGAACAGGACAGCAGCUUUCUGUCCCGAGCCAAGGAGAGGCGGGUCUUCCUGUUUGAACAGCUGGUCAUCUUCAGCGAGCCAAUCGACAGGAAGAAAGGGUUCUCACUUCCUGGUUACACCUUCAAGUGCAGCAUCAAGGUGAGCUGUCUGGGUGUGGAGGCUCCAGUGGAGGGGGAGGUGGACCGCCUGGUGCUGACGUCACGGGGAACUGAUGGGAGCGUGGUGCGCUAUGUGCUGCAGGCCGCCUCCCCAGAGGUCUGCAGGGCCUGGGGCCAUGAUGUGGGACAGAUCCUGGAGACCCAGAGGAACUUCCUCAACGCGCUCCAGUCUCCCAUUGAGUACCAGCGGAGGGAGAGUAACAGCAAGUCCAACAGCCUGGGCCGGAGCAUGAGAGCCCCCCUGUCUGCGGCCAGCGGCCCCCUGCGCCCCCACUCUUCAGCCUCCAUCGACCGCCAGUGCCUGCCCUGCCUCCUGUCGUACAACACCUCCCUCCCCACCCUCUACCUGCCCAGCCAGGGGGGAACCUGCCCCCAGGGACCUGGCGAAACAAACACACCCCAGGAGUCUCCUCUGGUCAGUAGGAACUCCCAGACAACAGUCUCUCAGUCUCACAUCCAGCUAGCCUUCACCGACCAGUCUGGCCUGUCUCAGUACUCCAGGACCCAAACCCCCCUGCAGUGCCAAGCUGUGUCCAACGGGCUGUAUAGCACACAGCAGAGAGCAGGAGAGGGCUGCCGUAGCAGAGCGCUGCCUGGUGAGGCUGGACCUCCUCCUGUAUCCAUCCCUGGUCCCUCAGCUGGCCGGCGCUCCAGCAACCUGGCCCAGCUCAAUGAAGAUGACCUAUGAACCGUGACCGAUAGGAGGAAAACUGAGAGGUCAUGGACCUCCACAGCUAGUGCAGAGAGAAGCAGGGGGACCUCAUCUAGGCCUAACAUCUGUUGAUGCUAUUGUAACUUUAGGGAACUUUUGAAGAUGGAUGGAUGACUCUCUUUAUGGAGCAAGGACUAGAUGGAGGCUGCUUUUUCAGACUGUUACAGGAUGGUUCACUGGCAUCAUGAGAAAAAUAUCCCAGGAUUCUAAUGGAAUAUACAGUAUGGGCUGAAAUGAUAAACAGUCAUUAGAUCAUUGAUCAUGUGAUGCCAGGUUGAAGACAUGUAGCAGCCAGACAGAUGAUGCGAUGGCUGACUGUAUGAAGAAAACUCUAUGGACAUCAGGUAUUAUGGGGACUGAUGACUUUCCUUGUUUUAUUGUUAGAGAAUGUCUAUACAGUAUCUAUUGUACUGUCUUUCUACAGGCCAGGGGAUUUCUUCACAGGGAAAUGCCAUUGGGGGGUUACUGGAGAAGUGUGUACAUACUGCAUGUCUGUAAAAUGCGUUUGUGCGUGUGUACAGGAUAGGCGGUUGCUCUUCUUGUGCCAACAUGCUGAUUAAAGAACUCCACCCUGAAGAGAAAAGGAGUGUACAUCUGAACGACUCUUUCUCCAGCUCACUGCUGGAUUCUUCUAUCCCUCAUUUAUAAAGACAACUAUUUGUAUUUUCAGGCCAUUGUUGAAACAUGUCAUCAUUCCUCCACUCAACGGGGCCUACAGUACACUAUGUUGCUGUAGUAGACCUUGAGGAGAGAGGGGAUGCCAGCUAGAUUAAUACAUUUGAUCUGUACAUAUGUAGAAGUUUGGAUUCAUCUGCUUUAGAAAAUAGCUUUUCUGCUCCUGCCGCAGUGUUUCAAAAAAGACGAGAAUGAGAGGACUCCCAUGUUCUCUUUUUCUGUUUGACCGAAGCUGGCUCUUGUUUGAUCUGAAUAUUCCAUAAUAUAAAGGGGCGAGGGAGCCCCCUGGAGGCACUAUGCAGGAGUGGCAUCACCCAGACUCAGUCUUUCCUCAGAUUCAGAUACAGAUGGAUUCCUAGGUAAGUUCUCAAUUACAUACUCCUCACAUCCUCUCUCCUCGUCUCCUUCUCAAACCCCAUUGGAGGAAAUGGUCAGAGGGAAGGGACCCCUGGCUUUCAAAUCCAAUUCGUUUUGAGAAGGAGAAGAAGAGAGAGGACGAAAGGAGUAUGUAAUUGAGGUCUUCUCCUUGUGUCCUUUGCUCCCAUCCUUUCGCUAAACAUCAGAGAGAAAGGGGAGGAUUAUAAGAGAUGAGGAGAGGAUGGGAGGAGAGGAAGGAAUCGAGCCAGGACUAUGAAGAGGUGGCCAGAGAAAUGGCCAUACCAAUGCUUGGGGAUAGAGAUCAACUGAUUUUUCAAAUGUAUAUUUUCUUGACGUCCUCUAGGUACGUCCUAGGAGACAUUCAUGGGUUGUGUUGAAAUAUGAAAUAAGAUGUCACACAGUCGUCUGUCAGUUAAGUCCAAUGUUGAUGUGCCACAGCUUUCUGCUGUAUUUAAUCAUCUGGCUUUUGCUAAUGUACAGUACUACACACCAUACUGUUGGCUCGGGCUUACAUCUCUUCUUCUAGAUAAAGGAGGACAGUUUAGAGACCGCUAACUACUUGGGUUAUUGUGUCAGUUGUCAGUUCGUAUUGCCACUACAAUAUUAUUACCAACUGUUGUGUUUAACACAUCAAAUACAUGUAGUUGUGAUGUUGUGUAUUUCAACGCCCAACCUUUCCUCCUAUUAAUCAAAACAAAUAACUGUAAACAGAGACGAUAAGAGAAGAGUCUGACAUCUAGCAUGUCCGCUUUUGGUUAAUUCCUCUCUAUGACCAGUAAGGCUUCCACAUCCAGAUAGUAGCCUAACAAGACCUCUGCACCAAAGAUCAAUGGCUUCAAGUUGCAAUGGCACCUCUAGCUAAAUCUAUUUCAAAUAUCAGCACAGAGGAGAGCCCUACCGUGAUUGUUUCAAUUCAGAACACCAUCUCAUACAAACCCAGAGUACUCAAUGACUACGGGGUGGCGUCUGUAAAGUUAAACAGUGAAGACUGUCAUAUUUCAAUGGCAAUUUUUGAUCUAGCAUUUUGUGCAUGUGACUUAAAUAUGAAGGAACACCAGUCCUGAAAUUAAUAUAGAUUUAAGAGAGGAAAUAUGGGUUACAAAGAUUACAUAUUUGACGGAAUAGAAUCUGUUGUAUUAUAUUAAAUAAAGUGAACUUUUUAAUUAAGAA